AUAGGCCAUCUUAUGCCAGACUAAUCAUCAGCUGGUUCCUGGUUUGAAUUGGAGGUAUGCACUACUGCUUGUGACAGUGACAAAAGUUAUAUCCAUUUAAAUUAAAUGAACCAUGUAAUAAGGCUGGUGGCAAUAGGUCUAUCCAUCCUUCCCCCUCUAAAGGGCAGCUUAAGGGUCUGAUUCAACUCCAGAUGAAGUCAUCAAGAGUCUUUCCUUAGACUUCAAUGCAAGCUGGUUCAGGCAGUAGGUCAGCAAUGAUUUAAUACGAAAUAACACCAUGUGGCUAAAUUUAGGGAAAGCAGUGCUGUUAUCGUUUCAUUAAAACAUGCUAAAUAAAGAUUCCUCAGAAAUUAACUAUAUGUUUCUUUUAUUAGAUAACCUGUUCAAACCAAAGGAAAGGUUCAUUUCGGAGAAGGAGAUGCACAUGAGAUCUAAAAGGAUUUAUAAUAACUUGCCUGAAGUGAAAAAGAAAGAAGAAGAAAAACAGAAACGAAUAAUCAUACAGAGCAACAGACUACGGGUGGAGGUCUUCAAAAAGCAACUACUGGACCAGCUUCUUCAAAGAAAUACGGAGUGACAAAGGAGACCAUUGGAUCUUGAAUGUCUUUGACUAUUAGAUAAGACAUAAAAUUUAGCAUUAUCUUAAUUACCUGGAGACAUCUUUCUUACCUUUAACUAUCUAUGUAAAGGAAGAUAAUUUGCACUUCAGUAGGAUUUGAAUGAAACUUCCAAAUAACCAAGAGAGAACCUAUAAAUGAGCAAACUGCUUUAGGACUAUCAUGUUAUAGUUGGUUUACCCAGAGAAAAUAAUUUUAAGAAACUUUUAUGCAAACAUUGGAUUACAAUGGUAUUUAUUUUCACCUUUUAAAUAUAUAUACCGUUUUAGCAAUAGAACUGGGUUUUCAAGACAUAGGAAACUUAUUUUUCCAAAGUAUUCUACUCAUUGAUUUCCUGAGAGUAAAAUCCUAGAAAAAUGAAUACCAUUAUUUGUUAUGUUUAGAAACUAGCUGAAAUGGCAUUACCACAAUCAUAUGAGCAGCAGUUUUAAAUUAAUGGUUAAUGCACCAAAAGGGACCAAUAUUUUAGUGCUCUGAAGGAGUUCAUUCCUGUUUAUGUACUGAACCCAAAUAACAGGGUUAUCUUGUAGAAAGCAAUAUUUAGAACCUCAGUAAUAAUACUUUUUACAUGUUCUUCACUAUAACAUAUAAUUCUGCUUGCUUCUAUAAGCAUAAAGUAUUUAUAGAAAUGGCAUAUUAAGAAGUGGUGCAGACCCAUGCAGUGGUUUCCACCAAGAAAUACGUGGGUGUAAAGAUUACAUAAUUAAAAACAUCUGUAAUGUUUCCUCCAACAAUAUUUAAAUCUGUAUUUGUACAUUUUGGAAGUAAAAUCUACCAAUUUUCAUAUCAAAUGGAAUAAACAAAUAUAAUAAUCCAAA